UUCGCGACGUGGCGUAUUUUUAGUGGACAAUCUAAGAGAUGCAGAGGAUAAAAUAUUGCUUCCAACGAUUUAAAUUUCAAACAAUUAGCAAUAUUUUUUUGAAGAAAAAAGCAGAUAAAGAGAGUAAGAGGGAAGGUUUAGUUAGAAAUGGCGGGAAUUUGUUGUCCAAAUCUGAUUCCACAUCUCAACCGGACGACCACUCAAUCACCGUUAAAUUUACAGAGGGUCCACGGCGCACGGUGCUGCUCUGUUACACCGGAAAAUGAAAAUAAAACCAAAACUCCUCAGCUUUUAAGACUGGCAGUGAGUGGUGUCACAGAGUUGCUAAGACUCUUUCCCUCUUCCACCAAAGACAGAGUUGAUGACGAACCGAACACUAGAGACAGAGAUGGAAUUUCAGUUUCUGAUGUUGCUGAUGUUUUAAGGAUCCUCGAAUCUGAUUAUGAAAAUGCUUACUUUGUUACAGGGAAUUUCACUUCUGCAAUUUAUGCUGAAGAUUGUAUCUUUGAGGAUCCAACUAUUAGAUUCCGAGGUAAGGAGUUAUAUUCUCGCAACUUGAAAUUGCUUGUUCCUUUCUUUGACCGCCCUUCAAUUGGAUUACAAAAGAUUGAGAAGGGUGUCAACACGGAAAUGAAUUUUGUGCUGGCAACUUGGAGGUUAAGAACCUACCUGAAGCUUCCAUGGAGGCCUCUUAUUUCAAUUGAUGGAAGCACUUUUUAUGAAUUGGAUGAGAAGUUUACCAUUGUUAGACAUGCUGAGAGUUGGAAUGUCUCUGCACUCGAAGCAAUUGGUCAGAUAUUUACCCCUCGUUUUGGAAGGCCAAAUUAUUGAGCAUAAUGUACAGACCACAAAAAAUCAAGUUGCUAUAAAGUAUCAUUAAUAUGAGUAUCAGUUUCCGGUAGGAUUUCUAAAGCAAAGUGAAAGAGUUAUAUAUAUUGGAAUUUAAA